AUGUACUAAUCAAUAGGUGAUGAUAAAUAGGACGAUAUAAAAGUGUCUUAACAAGUUGCUGAUAAACUUAAAAGACAUGUGAUGGAUUACAAGAAGUUAAUAGAUUCAUUUCCAGAGAGAUUUAAAUAGGAUCAAAAUGAUUAAUUUUAUAUUUUGAGCAUGAAGUAUUUAAAUGAAUUAUUUAGGUGGCUUAAUUAAUGGAAGGAAUAUGUUUCAUAUGAAGAAAUAUUGGCUAACAAACAUCCAGGUAAAAACUUUGGAAAACUAAAUAUGGAACACAUAAACAUAGAUUUAGAGGAUAGAGUUGAAAAAUGCUUCAAAUAUUCUCCUCUAAAGGAUCAUCCUUGGAAUACAUUCAUGAAAGAAAAUCUAUAAGAAAAUAUAGACUACAUAAUUAUUGAUAAAGAAAUUUGGAAAUUCUUUACAACAUAUUAUCAUGGUACUCCAAUAGUAAGAAUGUCAAAUGGAUUAGGGAAGGAUAAAUAAGUAGCAAUAAAUUUAUUGAAAGUAUUUAUUUGAUGAUAUUUUUCGAGUUUAAAAGUACAUUGCUUUAUCCAAAUGUAAUAAAGUAGAUUGCAUUGGAUAGGUUUCAAAAAUAAACUUUUGACUAAGAAUAUUUAUAAGUUGAUAGAAAUAUGAAAUUGAAAGAUUAUUAUAGUUUACUUUCAAGGACUGUUCACACAUUCUCUGGAAAUUUUGCAAAAGAUAACAAUAUUAGAAUUUGGAGAUAUAAAUCAGAUUAAAAGGAUAUUUUUAAAGCAUUAUUUGCAGAUAUUUAAAAGUAAGUUGGAGAAUUAGAGAAUUUUGACGAAAUGAGUUUUGAUUUCAUUGGUGAUUUUAUUCAUUAUUCGAUCUAUGAUACAAUUGAAGAUGUAGGUAUUUUAGAUCAUCAUUUGAUUAUUAUAGAAGUAAAAAUUUAAUAAUAAUUAAAUAGUUUAAAGAUGAUUAAAAGCCUUGGUGUAUUCGUAAUAAAGCUGUCUAAGUAGAAGGUAAGUGUGAGAACUGUUAAAUAGUGAAAAUACUUAAUCAUCCAUGUUUAUGUAGAAAAGUUGCAUAUUGUUCAUAAGAAUGUAGAACUAAAGAUUAUAACUAUCACAGCAUGAGAUGUGAUAAGUUUGGAUCUGAUGAUGAUACUGUAAAAGGUUUGAGUUAACAACCAAACUCAAUUGGAGGUCUAGCUGGUCUAAGUAAUUUAGGAAAUACAUGUUUUAUGAAUAGUGGUACUUAAUGUAUAUCUAACACAUUUCCAUUAACAGAGUAUUUUUUAAGGAACUAAUACUUUGAUGAAAUCAAUAUGGAUAAUCCUAUAGGAACAAAGGGUUAUUUAGUUAAAAGAGUUGGAUCCUUAUUAAAAAAAUUAUGGUAUGGAGAGAAAGCUGUUGUAACACCAACAAAUUAUAAAAAAGCUAUUGGUUAAUUUUAACCAAUGUUUAAAGGAUAUCAUUAACAUGAUUCUUCUGAAUUAAUUACUUUUGUUUUAGAUGGAAUUCAUGAGGAUUUGAAUAGAGUCAAGAAAAAACCAUAUGUUGAAACCAAAGAUAGUGAUGGAAGAACUGAUUUUGUUGUUGCAAAAGAAAGUUGGUUAAAUCACUUGGCAAGAAAUCAAUCUAUAGUAGUUGAUCUUAUGUAUGGAUAAUACAAAUCUACAUUAAAAUGUCCAAAAUGCGAAAGGCUAUCCAUCACUUUCGAUCCAUAUUUGAUGGUACAAUUGGGAAUACCAAGUUAGAAAAAAAGAACUAUUUCUUUUAAAUUUUAUGAUACAUUUUUUACUUCAACUAGUAAAAUUAUACCAUUUGAUAAAAAUAAGAGUUAAUCUUUAAAAGAUUAUUUUCAAUUUUUAGGAGAAGAACUGAAGGUUUAACCAUCAAAUUUUAUUGCUUAUAUUACUAAUCAAUAUUCACCUUUAGAAUUAUUAAGGGAAAGUAGAUCAAUUGUUGAAAUACGAAAAAUUGCCAAAAGAUCCUAAUUGUGCUUCAGAAAUCUUUUAGAUGAAGAAGCUUAAAUAGUUAAUAAAUUUCCAAUUUAGUUUACAAAUAAAUAUUUAGAUUCUUUAAAAAAAUCAUAUUUUUCAAAUGGAUUCUUUAUAUUUGAUGGAUCAAUGACAAGGAAAUAAUUACAUAUUAAAAUAUUUUAAUUUUUAAAGGUAUUUUUUGCUGAUUACGAUAAUUUAAACUAUGAAAAAGAUGUCAUGAAUAAAGUAAUAUUUAAAUUAAUUAUUAGUAUUAUAGUCUUUAUAACAAAUCUAAUAGUAAUUAUUGGAAUCCUUGUUCAUUUUGCUCAAAUAAAAAUUGUAAUGAUUGUGAAGUGUAAUUUGAUGAUGAAAAACUUGAUGAAAUUAAAAAUAAGCUUCAUACUUCAGAUUUCCAAAACACUUUUGAAAUAAUAAUUUUAUGGAAAUAAUCUCCAUUUAAAACUGUUAAAUUAGCUGAUGUUUUUGAUCAUUAUAUUAGUACUAUCAAUAAAAUAGAAAGUAAUAUGUAAAAUCAAAUAUUUUUAGUUGAACAACCAUAAUAAUAAAAAUUUCCAUUUUAGAAUCAUGGUCAUUCAAAUCAACAUUCUGGUAGUGUGAGUUUGGCUGAUUGUUUAUAAUUCUCAUAAUAACCAGAAUAAUUGAAUGCAGAAAAUACUUGGUAUUGCAAAGAAUGUCAAGAGCAUGUCUAAGCUUAUAAAAGUAUGCAAAUAUAUAAGGUUUUUAAUUUAUUAAAUAUCAAAAUAGGCCCCUUAAAUAUUAAUAUUCACUUUGAAAAGAUUUAAAGCUUCAAAUAGAAUGUUUAAAUAAAAACUUGAAACCUUUGUAGACUUUCCAAUAAAUGGACUUGAUAUGACUGAUUAUCUAAUUAACUCAAAAACACCUCAAGAUUAUGAAAAUGAAACAGAAGAUGAAAAUGGUGAAAAUAACAAACAGAAAGCUAUUUAUGAUUUAUAUGCUGUUUCUAAUCAUUUUGGUGGAUUAGGAGGAGGUCAUUACACAGCUUGUGCUAAAAAUAAAGUAUUAAUAUCGAAAUAUGAUAGUUUACAAAAAAAUGGUAUAAUUUUGAUGACUCUCAUGUUGGAGAAAUAAGUGAAUCUUAGGUAGUAACAAAAUCAGCCUAUGUUCUUUGUUAUUAAUUAAGAACUGAUGAAUCUAUUAAUUUAUAAGGGCAAUAAACUCAAAUACUUGAAUAAAAAUGAGCAGAAAUUAAGU